CGUAGAGAGUAGAUAAGAAGAGUAAGAGCAGAGAAGAUGAAGAGUAAUUAACUUAGCAGUAAUACCAAGAAAGAAUAGAAGAAGCAGAUGAAAUAAAGAAGGACCAGUACAACUACAACUGCCAAAGCUCAGGGGUUCCUUGCUUGGAGUAGCAUUAAAGUAACAUCUUCUUCUCCUCCACUCCCACCCUUCAUAAACUAAUAACCUCCCAUUUCUCCACCAAUUUAUUACACCAUUCAUUUUUACACACAAAAAAAAAAAGAAAAACAAAAAUGGGUCAUCAUCUUUCCCACAUGAUUCUCAUCAUCAUUGUUUUCUUCCUCAUCUCUUUCCACACUCUGAUCUCAAUCGAUUACACCAAUCAUGGCGCUCGCAAAAGUUUUGUUAAUCACCACUCCAAAAGGGUCUUUUUGUUCGAGAAAUUCAGGGUCUUGCUCGGCCUCAAGCCCAGAAACGGAGACCUCUCGCAUUUCUCUGCAUCGCCGGCGCCGGCGCCGGGGCCCGGCAUUGCCCCGGCACCUUCUCCGGCGGCGAGGCGGCGCCCGCACACGCCGCUGCGCCACCGCCACCCGCUCCCGCAGGCCCACAAGGUGCGGAAGGAGGAGGAGCGAGGGAGAGGGAAAAGAGUUAUGACUGCGGUUCUUGCAUCCGUCGGAGUCACCUCGGCCCUGUGCGCGGCGGCGAUGCUUGUCGGCUGCCGGAAAUUGAAGAAACGGCGGAGGAAACAGAGGAGGAGAGGUUUGUCCAAGUUUGUAAGCUCUCAAAGCUCAGUGAAGAAGGUAACCUCCGAUCCCGGCCCUGAUCUUUUCUACCUCAAUUCCUUGGAAUCUGCUCUUGAACCAGACAAAUGCUGCCUGAAACUGAACUCCGCCGCCGCAACAAUCUGCUCCGGCGAGAAUGCAUUUGAUGAGAGAGAAGUGAAACCCGCAGAUUCGGUGGGAGAGAGUGGGAGGUUUUCUUCGUUUGGAGAGAUUACUACUGUGCAUGAGAUUUCGGAGUGCGUCGACGGCUCUUCUUCUUCCUGCGGCGAACGAAUCAUUCCCGAGGAAAUUCACAAAUUUGAAGAUAAAAUUAUUUGCGGCGAAGCCAAUUCAUUUACUGCUGAUAACGAUGACGACGACGAUGAUGAAUCUUUUCACUCCUUUUGUGAUUCGCAAACGAGGCUUUCCAAUGCUUCAGCUUCUACCGUAGGCGAAAAUAUGUCGCACGAAGAAGUUAAGGAAACACACUCGUCUACUUCCACGGCCGCCUCAAAAAUUCCACCGCCUCCUCCACCGCCUCCGCCGCCUGCAUCGAAAACUCUCAGCUCAUCCACAUUGCUAAGUAGGUUACCGGCGCCAUCCUCUGCUCCGCCUCCUCCUCCUCCUCCUCCACCGGGGGUUCCUCCUCCGCCGUGUCCGCCUCCACUUUCCAACGGUAAUGGUAAAGCGCCGCCGCCGCCGCCGCCGCCGUUGGGUAAAGAUGGGUCUCCGUUGCCGAAGCUGAAGCCACUGCACUGGGACAAAGUGAGAGCCGCCCCAAAUCGGUCGACGGUGUGGGAUAAGAUGCGGUCUAGUUCAUUCGAAUUUGAUGAGGAAAUGAUCGAAUCACUUUUCGGUUACAACCUCCAAAACUCGAUGAAGAAUGAGGAAGCCAAGAGCAAAACUCCAUCUCCCAGCAAGCACGUGCUCGAGCCCAAGAGACUGCACAACAUCACCAUCCUCUCCAAGGCCCUGAACGUCACCUCAGAACAAGUCUGCGGCGCGUUAAUCCGAGGGGAAGGCUUGUCACUGCAAGAUUUGGAAGCGCUGUCGAAGAUGGUGCCGACCAAGGAGGAGGAGGCGAAGCUCGCGAGCUACAAAGGCGACGUACUCGAAUUGGGGUCGGCGGAGAAGCUGGUUAAGGCUAUGAUCCAGAUCCCUUUUGCUUUUGCAAGAAUCGAAGCAAUGCUGUAUAGGGAAACAUUCGAAGACGAAGUUCUUCAUCUCAAGAAAUCAUUCUCAAUACUCGAGGAAGCGUGCAAGGAGCUGAGAUCGAGCCGGCUGUUCCUGAAGCUUCUGGAGGCGGUGCUGAAGACGGGGAACAGGAUGAACAUCGGGACGAUAAGAGGAGGGGCGAAGGCGUUCAAGCUGGACGCCCUCCUGAAGCUGUCGGACGUGAAGGGGACGGAUGGGAAGACGACGCUCCUCCACUUCGUGGUGCAGGAGAUGAUCCGGUCGGAAGGGGUGCGGGUGUCGGAGAGCAUCAUGGGCAAGAUCGGACAGAGGGGCAAGAAUGAGGAUAAGGAGGAGGGGUACAGGAGGAUGGGGCUGGAUCUGGUGUCCGGAUUGACCACGGAGCUAUGCAACGCCAAGAAGACGGCCACCAUUGAUCUGGACGUGCUGGCGAGCUCCGUGGCCAAUCUGAGGGAGGGGAUGGGCAGGGUGCAGAGCCUGGCCAGGAGGGAGGCGGGCGGGGGGUUCGGGGCGUCCAUGAGGGCGUUCCUCGUGGACGGGGAGAGGAAGCUGAGGGAGCUGCAGGGGGAUGAGGAUAGAGUGCUGCUGCAUGUGAGGGAGAUCACAGAGUAUUUUCAUGGCGAUGUGAGCAAGGAUGAGUCCAAUCCGCUUAGGAUUUUUGUCAUCGUCAGGGAUUUCUUGAGCAUGUUGGACAAUGUGUGCAAGGAGCUGCGGAGCUCCAAAGCGCCGCGCUGUCCGAAUCCCUUCAGAUAGGUUUUAAUUUGUUUAUGUAUAGUGUUGCUCCUUCAUUUCUUGGAUCAAAUAUUUGAGUUUUUGGCUGAUGAUGCAUGCAUUUUUAAGAUAUCAUGUAGGAACAUUCUUUUCCUUAAUUUGAGCAAAAACAAAAUAUGUAAGAUGCAGUGUUCAAUGAAUUCAAAGGGAUAAGUCAAGAUUUGACUUUCAAA